AUGCCUGUGGUCGCGCGAGUCUUCCGGGCCGAGCCGGCGAGUUGGCUCUUCGGCCUCAGAGAUGCAUGCCCCACGGGCUUCGCUGAGCUUCCACAGCUGAGGGAGGCUUUGCUGCGUAUAGCCCAGGAGCAAAUCAGCGCCGACGCCAUCAACAAGCUGGUGGAUGACGCUGCACAAGGCGCCCAGUGCAUUGAGAUAGAGCAGUUCUUGAAGUGGCUGUCCGACAACUCCAUAGGAGUCACGACGGACUACUUGGCGGGCUUCCGGGGCAGCGCGCCCCAUGUGCAUCAGCUGCAUGCGCCGGCGGAUCCUCGCUUUCUAGGCAGCAUCGAGGAGUUUAGGGAGCAGCACAAGGAUGAUGCGAUGGCGCUGGAGAGGCUCCGAAACACCGUGAAGAUUUGCGGGAGCUGCAGCAAGCCCUGUGCCUUCACCCUUUCUAGUUGCAACGCCUGCGGCACCAGUCUCAAGGACGUGCAGCAGUCCUUCAGCGACAACAUCUUCAUGGGCUUCAUUUACGGCGUUGCGAAGGCGGGAUAA